AUGAGGAGAUCUGUGGUGUAUUAUAGUGUUGUACAAGGAAAGACCAACAUAGCUCAAAACAAGAUGCACCAUUCAAAUCUCUUAUACUCUUGAGCACCAUUUUCGAAAAUAAAGUUACUAACUAAUUUCAUAGUCAAUUAUUAUACAUUAUAUAACUACUAAUUAAUUCACUUAGCUAUAUUACAGGGAUACGCAUAUGAACUUCAAAGAUCUCCUUCACUGUAAAGAUUACGCCGAAAACAAUGGUCUCGAAACCUAAUUAAAAUGAGUUUUUAAUAUCACCUCUUAAAAGAACAAAAACAAAAACCAAACCCAUACUGGUCCUGACUCCAAUACAUCACGAUUUCUGGUUCGAGAACUGCACAUGACCUAAUGUCUUCAGGACCGGCGGUGACCCUAUGGUAGGCCAGGAACCGAUACUGAUCCCAACCCGAUCCAGGAAGUAAUACUAAUUAUAUCGGUCCUAGAACUGAUCAUGUGCCCAUACCUCCCCUGGAACCUAUCAUAAACCCGUAACGGUGCUGGAACUGUUAAUAAACACACUCCUGGAACCGAUCAUGAACCCAUACCAGCAUUGGAACCAAUCAUAGACACAUAAUGGUCCUGGAACAUAUCAUGAACCCAUUACGGUACUGGAACUUAUACUGAACCCAUCCCGGACUGGAACCUAUCAUACAGGUGUAUUCUAUUCUUAUAGUCGAGUCAUCCGAUAUGAAACUACGAGCGAGAGGUGGAACGCUCUAAAAACAAAAAAUAAUAAACUGUGCAAAAAAUAUACUCCCAACACGGCAUAGAACGCAGGCAUGCGCAGAUGAAUACAUACGGCUCAGACGCGACAAGAAACAAGUUCACCGCUCCAAGAAGCAUGCUUUGGAAGAGCAAAACAUGCGGGAACUCGAGCAAACCAGAGAGGCGUACGGACCGACACCAAAGUUUUACCAAACGAUAACAGGUCACCGAAACAACGUUGUACCUAAGGUAACCUGCUGUCGCAACAAGGAUGGAGAUCUGGUUAGUAAUUAGCCAGAGGUCCUCUGUGCGGUGGGCUCAGUACUUUGAUGAAUUACUCAACGACCAGUUUAACGAACAGCUAGAAGCGCCACUAGCAGAUAGUGUCAUGUUACUGCCACCUAGCAUAGAAGAAACACGAAAGGCUAUCCGUCGGCUGAAAAAUAACAAGGCAUCCGGAACCGACGGAAUUGCAGCUGAACUGGUCCAGAAUGGAGGUGCACGACUAGAAAACGAGAUUCAUCAAACUGUUGCUGAGGUGUGGGAUAGCAAAUCGAUGCCUUGUGAUUGGAAUCUCGGCAUCAUCUACCCCAUAUACGAGAAGGGAGAUAGGUUGGACUACAACAACUACAGGUUUAUUACGGUGUUGAAUACCGCCCAUAAAAUAUUCUCCCUGAUCCUUCAGGAUCGCCUUGUCCCGCACGUCGAAGAGAUAGUCGGAAACUAUCAAAGAGGAUUCCGAAACGGAAAAUCAACCACUGAUCAGAUCUUCACCAUGCGGCAGAUCUUGGAGAAGAUGGCUAAAUACAGAAACGACACAUACCAUCUCUUCAUUGACUUCAAAGCCGCAUAUGAUAGCAUAGCCAGGGUAAAACUGUACGAUGCUAUGAGCUCAUAUGGAAUCCCGGCCAAACUGAUAAGGCUUUUCAGAAUGACUAUGACCAACGUCACAUGUCAGGUGAAGGUGGAUGGAAAACUCUCAGGACCUUUUGCUACCACCAAAGGUCUGCGCCAUGGGGGCGGGCUUGCCUGUCUCCUAUUUAACCUGGCACUAGAGAGGGCCAUCCGUGACUUCAAGAUUGAGACUACGGGAACCAUCUUCUAUAAGUCAUCCCAGAUACUGGCAUACCAUGAUGAUAUAUACAUCAUUGGUCUGCGGCUCUCCUAUGUAGCAGAAGCCUAUCAAAAGAUCGAGCAGGUGGCAGAGAACCUCGGAUUGCAGAUAAACGAGGCACAGACUAAACUGUUGGUGGCAACAUCAGCGGGCCUACCAAUAAAUAAUCAGAAUCUACGUAGGUGUUACGUGCAGAUAUAUCAACGCCCUUUUGAGUCGUCCCACAAUUCACAUUUCACUGGUCAAGCAACGACAAUAGCAUGGUAGCUGAGUUACUGGUUGCCAACCGGUCAUUAUACAGGCUGAGGAAUCAGUUCACCUCAAAGCACCUGUCACGACGUACGAAGCUGACACUAUUUAGUACCUAUAUAGUACCGGUACUCACAUACGCCUCUGAGACAUGGACACUGUCCAAAUCUGACGUAACCAUCUUUAAUCAUAAGCCGCGUUCGAGAGCAAGAAGCUCAGAAGGAUGACGCUAUAAUGACGCUAUAAGCCGCUGUGCGGCGACCUCACUGUCGUGCAGCGUAUCCGGUGGGCUUGCCAUAUUAUACGCAAGAAAACGGACGAUCUCGCCCAUAAAGUCUUUUUAGACCGUCCACAAGAACAGAGGAGGCGUGGUAGGCCCAAAUUGAGGUAGCAAGAUAGCGUGGAGGCGUCCGCCAAUAAGGCCGGGAUAACGGACUGCCAGACGAAGGCGCGAGACCGUGAGCGGUUUAGGACACUCCUGAGACAGGCCAAGACCGCAAAGCGGUUGUAGCGCCAGAUAAGUAAGUAAGUAAGUCGAGUCAUCUCGACGUCGAGUUGAUGAAUUUUGUGUGUUCAUUUGUAAGGAAAAGUUCACUUCGUAGUUCAUUUUCUCGACUCGAGUAAAUCCGAGUUCAGAAUAGAAAAAACCUGAUCUCAUACCAAUCAUGGUACCAAUCAUGAACCCAUACCGACCCUGGAGCAUAUCUUAUCUUAAUGGUCCUGGAACCUAUCAUGAACUAAUACCAGUUCAUACCAUUCAUCAUGAACUCUUACCGGUCCUAGAAUCUAUCAUAAACCCGUACUGGUCCUGGAACCUAUCAUGAACCAAUACCGGCCCUGGAAACAAUCAUUAACCUAUAUUGACCCUGGAACUUAUACUGAACCCAUACCGGUCCACGAACCUAUCAUGAACUUAUGCCGGUUUAGAAACUGAUACUACAUCCAUACCGGAACUACUCAUGAAUCCAUAUCAGUCCUGGAACUAAAAGUAAUCCCAUAAAUGUCCUGGAAUUGAUGCUGCACUCAUACCGGUCCUGGAACCGAUCAUGAGCUCAUACUGAUCCAGAAAUAGCUAGCGAUUUCAAUUACUUUCAACAACUGUACCUUGAACUGUUCUGGAUUCGGAUUCGGAACGAGACUUAAACGUGGUUCGGGUAUGUAUCCGAUGCUAUUCCAGUCCCGUUCGACAAACUAUACCCGGUAGUAAAUGUGCAGCGUAUGAAUAAGCGUAAGAAAAUAGCCUAGGAAAUAGCGUAGGUAGCGUAGCGGUAAUUUAUUAUUAUUUAUUAGUUAAUCUUCAACGGGCCAAAAGGCCUAAGAUAGGUUACAAACAAAAAUUACAUAGCAAAAUCAAGAUUAUUAUCUCAGUUCACUGUUGCCACGGCAGUGUAGCCGGAGACGUUCUGGGUAUUCUUUGAAAUUGAGUAGUAUAUGUAUGGUGAUAAUAAUGAUAAUCAUAAUAAUGAUAAUAAUCUUUUUGCUUCGUGCUCUAAGCUUCACAAACUAUGGAUAUGCUGUGAAACGCGAAAAAUAUUUGUGAACAAUAUCCACCAAAUAAAUGUGACUAUGGCUGACAAAAUCCUAUCUCUACCUCCUCGUGGUGUCAGCCGGAAUGUGCAGUAUCAGUACUGCAUAUACCAACAGAGAGGGUCAGUGACGUUAGUGGUUACCUAACGUCACUGAGGGUGUUUGAAUGUUCACCAGACUGUAUUCGUGCCCGUUGACCGUAUCAAUCCAUCGACAGGUUGAGCCAUGCAUCUUGUCGACACAAAUUGCAUGAAUCAAAUGGCGUCUAUGACAUUCAUCAACCAAAUCAAGUAUCCCAAGCUAACAAAUUGGAAUCUAAUCUUAACCUUCAGCAAAAGUUCGAGCAGGCUGAACUGUGAACUGGAGCUCGAGGCACACCUAUCAGGCUUGAAGGUAAAUUUGUUUUCUGCACUUCAAAGUCAUAACAUACUAAACGAUGUUUAUGUUUGCUUCCCGCUCUGGCUCUUUUUUUUUUUCUUUAUCACUGUACCUCUCUCACUGUUUACCGCUCUUCCUCUUUCUCGAUCUCUAUCGAUCGCUUUCUUACUUUUUAUCUCACAUUCCCGUCAUUGACAUGACCCGCUCAACAAUAAUUCUCCAGGCUCGCCCUUGAUGCACGGUGACCCCCAUACUACGCAGGACUGACUAUCCUGCUAUGGGUUAUAUAAAAUUAAUUAUGUUUGGGGGGAAUCAUCAAAAUAAACCAUUUUAGAAGCUAAUAAGAAGUCAUUAUAAAAACGAUAAAAAAAUAGAAAAACGCAUAAAAUUCAUUGAAAAAAAAAAAACAACACAACUUAGUAUAACACCAAUGGAUCGGAAGGAUGUACACCGCAGCAGUUUGCUCGAAAUUGUAAAAUAACAGUGCUUACAAAUUCGAGGCCGCUGGUGGAAAACCUCAUCAACUAACAUCGAUCGAUCCAAUAUUUCGUUCUGCGCACAAAAUGGCUACACAGUUUUCUGCCCCUCUUGAGUAUGCGUCUCAAGCCCUGGUUUGAAAGCUGGCAACUGCCAAGAACGUAUAUUUACAUUUUAGUUUGUAGUAUUUGCGCAUAUUGAUUAGCACGCAAGCAGUUUUACAUAUUAUAGAGUGUUUUAACAUUUUAUCGUUUUAUUUCUUUACUUCAUUAUCUGAAUUAGCGGUCUUAGUUAAGAACAAGAAAAUUACUAAUUAGAUUUCUAUAUUAGUGUCACAAGGCGUACAAUUGCUGAUUCUUCAUGUUAUUCUCAAUUUGUAGCAUUAUUUUCUUAUCAAGUGUGUUUCUAGUUUUAAAAAGCUGUUAUAUGUAAGGCUUCAAAGUAUGUUUGUAGUUAACUUUAAAGUAUGUAAAGUAUGGAUGUAGUUUUUAAAAGCUGUCAAUGUGCAACUGCAUGUUAUCGACAAUAACACCAGUCCUUCAUGCACAUGGCAAUACCACCCAGCCAUUAGUUGCAUCAAAACAAUAA